UUUUUUAAUUAGGAAAAUAGUGUUGAUAUGAGUAAUCUGUUGCUUUAUGUGGAAGAGAAUUUAAUAUUUAUGCCUGAACGAUGUUAUGAGAAGGAGACUAAUAUAUUUAAUGGCAAUAACAAAAAAUUAUCUGAAAAUGCUACUGACGUACCCUUGGUAUCACCACAAAGUAUCUUAAAUGAUAAGUUCUUUAAGCCUUCAUCAGGAUGUACAUUAUUUGAUGAACAAGAGAUACUGCUAGCAGAAGAAAACAUUCAAGAUCAAAUUUUUCGGAGCAAUUCAAUUUUUAAUAAAAACAACACUAAUCCAUUUUUACAAGCUGAAACUCCUUAUGGUCAAGUUAAUAAUGACAGAAGCUCACAAAAGUUUAUGCAAUUAUGGAAUGAAAAUUUGCAAAUGCAAAUACAACACUUAAUGCAAAUAAAUGCAACACUUCGUUUACUUCUUUAUGAAGUAAUAAAAUGUUCUCUAGAGAAUAACAGUUCAACAUAUGAUAAAAGUACACUAAAUAUGAUAAAAAGCGUACUUUUGAAUAUUAAUAAACAAAUACCAAUAUUUGUAAAUCCCUUACAUGUAAACACUGAAAGUGCAUAUGAAAAUAUUUCUUCAAAUGGAAAUGUUCAUACCGAAAAAAAAACUGCUAUAAACACAAAUGUUGACUGCCCCAUGGAAUAUGUUGCACCUGCUGGUGUAAAUAAGCAGCCAUUAAUUAAUAAUUUUUAUGAUAGAAUUCAUACUCAUAUUGACUCUUCUCAAAAUAAUUACAUUCAGGAUGAAGAUAGAAAUUUGAAUACAGUGAAUUAUAAUUCUUUAAUGUCUGGAAGUAAUGAUACUAAUGCAAUAAAUCAAUCUUUGCUAAAUCAACAGAUGUCAAUAACAUCAUGUAUUUCUCCAGGAUUUGGAAAAUUUAGUAACAAAUGUUUUACAAGUACUGAUCUUUCAACACCUAUAGAACAUUCUAUACAUAAUGGAACGUCUUUCAAAGAAACAAAUCCUUUCAGACUUAGUUUAGCAGGUAAAUUACAAAUACUUGAUUCAGAAGAGGAAAAAUGUUCUCAUUCUAAUGAUUUAUUAUAUACUUUAAAUAAAAAUCAUGGUGAACAUGAUUUGAUAACUUUUGAAGAUGAUAACUCCAAUACAAAUCGAAAUUUGGACGAUCUUAAGAAUAGAUUAUUUAAUCAUCAAUAUUAUGUUUCUGACUUUCUGGAAAACACAAACAAUGUUAAAAAUAAUUUAUUUACAGAAAAUGUAAAACCUUUUAAUCAUAACUGGAAUGUGGAUGAUAAUAUUAACACAACAUCCAAAAGCAUUAUCAAUGGUCAAUUUACAGAACAUAGUGCUCACCAGAAAGAAAUGGAGAAUCAAUGCUUUUCGCCAUCCAAGAAAUCUUUUAUUGAUGAUGAUUUACAGAUUGUUGAGGAAAUGUACAAACAGGAAUCAGUCCAGGCAAAUGGUAUCUUCAAUUUUAAUCAAUCGUCGUGUGUACAAAGUAAUGAUUUUGUUGUAUCAGAAGAAGAUUUGAAUUGUAAAAGUAUUAACGAAAAUGUUAUAUUUCCUCCAAGUUAUGAUUUCAGUAGUUCUAGAUCUUCUAGUUUAUUACCUGUUAAUAUUUCAGAAUAUUUUCAUUUAGCAAGUAAUACAAAUAUCGAUGAAAAACAUUUGACAUGUUGUUCACUUACUUCUCAUACAUUAUAUAAUUCAUCUCCAAUAAUGGAACUUAAUGAAGCACAGAAUGGUCAGAAAUCAGUAGUAAGUUCGGUAGAUGUAUGGAGCAAACCGCUAAAAGAUACUACUGAAUUGAAUAAUUACAGUAAAAUUUGCUGGGUUUCUGAAAAUAACGAAGAAAAAGUAAUAUAUAAUAAAGAUCAACAAGAAAAUAGAGUACAAAACUUUAUUCCAGAUGAUACGUCAGAUUUUGAAGUUGAUGCAUAUAAUGCAGGCGCAAAGAACUCAUAUUUAAAGAAAACUGAGUUUACUGUUGGAAAGGUCAUAUACAUUCCAAAAUGUCUGUCUGUAAAUUGUAGAAUGUUCUUUCGAACAGUUGAACUACCCAAACAAAUAAUACAUAUAUUUUAUUAUCAAGAAGAAGGAUGGUUGUUAGUAGAUGAAUUCAUUGAAGUACUUACUGAAUCAGAGACCACUAUAGAUAUGGCAAAAUUAUUAUAUGCAUUCAAUAUAUAUAUCCAGUUUAAAGAAAUUGAUAGAACUAAGAAUUCAAUAGAAUUUAUAAAAAGUGGCAGUAUAUUGUCGAAAGCAACAUAUGAUAUAAUAAAUGGUAGUGAUAAAUUAUGCUUAAUACCAUUGAAGUCACUCUUAAAGGUAUUAUAUAAAUUGGAAAUUAUAUCACAUAAAGAUAUCAAUAAUAUCUUUGCACAUGAACAAUUUGUAAAUGGUUCAAUUAAAUAUAAGAUUUGGUUAAUUAUCAAUGCUUAUGGAGAAUUUAAAUAUUAUAUUGAAAAUAGACAAUAGUUAAGUAAUAUUAACUAAGUAUGUAUAUUUUAUCAAUAUAACUAUAGCACUAUAUCAUAUUACAUUAAUAUAAUCUUUACAAUAUAACAAAAGAAAGACAAUAGUUUUCAUUUUGUAUUAUUAUUAAUUAUGUGUGACGAUUAAGUUGGACUGAUAAAUUUAAGAAGGAUAUUUUGUUAUAUUCUACUAUUAAUUUCUUUUUCCUUUUUAUUUUACUUUCAGUUAUUGACUUGAUUUUUUAUUUUGAUUAUAGGAUUUAUAUAUAUAUAUAUAUAUAUAUAUAUAUAUAUAUACACAUAUUUUCUUUUUCUUUAGGUAUUCUAUUUUUCUUAAACACUUGAUAAACAUCAGAUUUAAUUACGAUAUUACUUCAAUAUAAAGGUCAAAUAGUUUGUUUAAAAAUAUACAUAGUUAUGAAACAUAUGAAAAUAAACUUUUGAAAUAUGUAAAUAAAUAUACAUACAUGUAUAUAAAAGAAUCAUGUACACGGUAUGUGAUUCUUUUACAUAUAUCAUUAGAUGUCACGUGCAUUGAGCACCCUCUAGUGGUGUUCACUUAAACUUUGCUAAGGAGACAAGAAAGAAGUAUUACAGUCUAAUUCGAACUGUAUUGAAGUGAUAAUUAACAUUUCAAUUUGAAUUGUGUAUUAAGUAAACACGUAGAUUUUUUUUUACUGAAACAUAAUGGCAAGCUCGAACGAAGCAGAACAAGGGCUUACUGGCUUAUCGAAAUAUUUUAAUAGCGUCACCGAACGUGGUCGAGCAAAUGUGGCUAUGUCAUCAAUCGGUGGAAUGAUCGUUCUAGGCCUAUACUUCUAUUUAAAACC